CGUUCGUUUCCCAUCACAGGAUUGUUCUCACUUGAAUACACGUGUUGUCUAUCUUUUCUUCCAUUUUAAUCUCUUUUUUUGGGGCCUUCCAUGCAUGGAAUUCUCCUCCAACUACAACACAAAAACAAAGGGUAUCUUGAGAGAGAAAGAGAGAGUCAUUGUUUCUUCUUCUUCUUCUUCUUUGUUCUUCUUCUUAUCAGCCUGUUCAUCGUCAUCAUUAGCGACCCAUCACCUUUAAAAGUUUGAUUUUUUCUAAAGAAUUUUGGUUUCAUUGGAAGAAGGUGUUUGGGAUGAGAGAAAAUGGGAUUUAAAGAUUGUAUCUUUUUCCUGUGGGUCGGAUUAAAACAGAGAACUGUCACAUCUCAGCUGCUGAUUCUCGUUUGAUCAUCAUCAUCUCCACUGAAACUAAAGCAAGCAACUUUGUGAUCUGUUCUUUUUUUUUCUCUGCUCCUUGAUCUAGAUUUUGAUUCUUUGUUCUUCUUCCACAAGAUUACUGAAAAAUGAAGUCUUUUUGAAGAUUUGAGGUAAGAAAUGAAUUGCUCUUCCUGUUUAGUUUACUGGGUAUUUUCAGCUUUCCAGUGAUCAUUUUUAAAAAUGGAACAAAAUCAAGAGAAGAAGUUUGUUUGCAAGUAUUGCAACAAAGGGUACCCUUGUGGCAAGUCUUUAGGGGGUCACAUAAGAACUCAUAGGAAUAAUGAGAAUUCUUCUGAAGCUGGUGGCCAAUCUGCAACUUAUGAUCUGAGGGAAAACCCCAAGAAAAGCAAGAGGCUUUCAGAAUCAGGCAAUGGCUCUUUGCUCAAAGAGACGAUGAUUUGUAAAGAAUGUGGUAAGGGUUUCCAUUCAUUGAAAGCACUCUGUGGUCACAUGGCUUGUCACUCUGAGAAAGGAAGGGCCAUUCACAAAUUUGAGGAUCAUUGGGAUAGUCGUUCAGACACUGAAACAUCAACUGCUCCAGGUCAAAGGAGGAGAUCCGGGAGAAUAAGGUGCAAAACAAGUGGGGUUCAGGUUCAAGUUCACUCUAACAAUUCAGUUUGUUUAGCAGAUGGUUCAUCAUCUGUAUCAGAGAUUGAAGAUCAGCAAGAACAAGAAGAGCUUGCUGUGUGUUUGAUGAUGCUUUCAAGGGAUUCUUCUGGUUGCAUGAAAGGGCUGAACUCAGUUGCUGACUCUUCAGAUAACAACUCUGUUGUUUUGGAGGCUAAAUCAUCUUCCAUUGAUGUGAGGAUUACUUUUGAGAAACGAAGGGAAACCAAGGUGAAAUCUGGGUAUUGUAGGAAUGGGGUUGUCAAGGAUGUUGAAUGUAAGAAACUUAAAGUGAAGUCUAGAUCUGGUAAAAUUUUGAGUAAAUUCAAGUGUGUGAAAACUGAAGUAGGUGAUAAUCAAGCCGAUAGCUUAGCAAAUGGAUCUUUUCAUGCUCAAAUGGCUGGUACCAAGGUGACCAAUGGCAAUUCUGAGAAGAGAUUGGUUUCAAAGAAGAACAAAGGGCAUGAAUGCCCUUUCUGUUGCAGGGUUUUUAAGUCAGGCCAAGCUUUAGGAGGUCACAAAAGGUCCCAUUUCGUUGGAGGUUCAGAGGACACAAAAUUGGUCAUGAAACAAGACUCACCAGAAGCUCCAUUGCCAGCUCUAAUUGACCUUAACCUUCCAGCUCCUGUUGAAGAAGAUACAAUGGGGAAUUAUGGGUUCAUCCCAUGGUAGGAGGAUUUUACAGUGUGUAAAUGAACAAAUUUACUUCUUUUUGGUGCUUCUCUUUGGUUUUCUAAUUCAAG